AUUCUCAAAGCCUCAAACCUCAAAGCAUAACUAGCGGUCCAAGUGGAAGCUAUCUUCUAUCGAGGCUGAUAUACGGUCACAAAUAAAUGUCUUUGAUCCCCAAGCGAAGUUGACCCGCCUCCAUAAAUACAAAUUAUAUUUGAUCCCGAUCUUACGUAGACGUCUACGUUUCCCAACUAAUCAACACGAAUAUAGUCUCCUUUUUCCUUCUUUUUCUUAAUAUCUAUUCGUUUACUGCAAUAUGGGACAAAUCCUGGAAAAACUUCAAGGCAAGCAAUGGAGAGAAAAGCAAAUACGAAAGAUAAGUGACAAAGUUUUUGAUCGUUUCAAGAAUGAUGAUGGAAGGGCAAAUAUGUCAUUUGAAGACUUAUACAUCGCCGUGUUACUUGUGUUCAACGAUCUCAACAAGAAUUUGCCAGGGCCUCAUUUUGAUCCCCCAAAGAAGGACGAAAUCAGAACCUUGAUGCAGGAAUGUGAUAUGGAUCUUGAUGGGGGACUCAACCGUGAAGAAUUUGAGGAGUUUGUGAAAAGGCUAACAGCGGAUACAUUUGUGUAUGUGACUCAAGGACUCCUCAUCACUCUAGCAAUAGCACCAACCGUUGCUAUAGCCACAAAGAGGUCAACCGAAGGUGUUCCAGGCAUUGGGAAGGUGGUUCAAAAGCUACCCACUUCAAUAUACGCAAGUCUUAUCACUUUGGGAGUUAUGAUGAUCCAAAAAGCUAAUGAGUAAAUUAGUAUUGAAAAUUCAUGUUGUUGAUUUGGGUGGUGUUAAGGUUAUGUAUAUAAAGUAUUAUCAAUAAUCCUAAAGUUGGAUGAUGGGUUUUGUGAUUUUGUAAGAUAUAUGUAUUCAACAUACAUGUGAAAUGUUAUUGCGAAU